AUGGCCGUCUCUUUCCACGUUCGCUCAAACAGUUUCCCCUCUAGAUCUCACCCACAAGCUGCUCAUGUCAGUGAGCAGUUGGCACGUUUGAGAUCUUCUGAGGAAGGGGAAACCUCAACAUCUUCCAGCUCUUCUAUCUGUCAAAGAAUUGACAACAUUCAAGAGCUACACGAGUCUCUUGACAAGCUUAUCUGCCUACCAGUCACACAACAGGCUCUAGCUCAAGAACAAAACAAGAAAACCGUCGAGCAGCUUCUUGAUGGAUCUCUCAGGAUCCUGGAUUUGUGCAACAUUUCCAAGGAUGGUUUGUCAGAGAUGAAAGAGAGUCUCAUGGAGAUCCAAUCCAUUCUAAGAAGAAAGCGCAGUGAACUUUCUGGAGAGGUGGAGAAAUACUUAGCCUCAAGAAAAGCUGUCAAAAAGACCUUUCAGAAAGUACAAAAGUCUCUAAAGGUUGCACACGUUGAAGACAAGAAAGAAGAAUCUUUAGCUGUCUUUGGAGAAGCAGAGGCAGUUACAGUUGCUCUGUUUGAUUCUUUCUUUAGGUACAUAUCUGGAUCAAAGACUUGUGGCAAAUGGUCAGUCGUCUCAAAGCUAAUGAACAAGAAGAAAGUUACACGUGAAGCUCAAGCAAACGAAUUCACAAUGGUUGAGUCCGAAUUUCAGUCUGAGAAGACCUUGAAGAUGGAGGACGUUCAGAUCCUAGAGUCAUUCAUUCAAGAUCUUGAUGAUAGACUUGAAUCACUCUCUAAGGCCUAA